AUGGCAACCGCUCCGUUGAGAGACGAUCAGCGUAUCGUAAUCCACUUUGAUUACGACUGUUUCUACGCAUCGGUAUUUGAGGCCGAGCAGCCGAUACUGAAAUCGCUUCCACUGGCCGUCCAGCAAAAGCAGAUCGUUGUCACCUGUAACUACGAGGCUCGGAGGCGAGGGCUACACAAGCUUCAGCUUAUCAAAGAAGCAAAACAAAUCUGCCCAGAUGCCGUCAUUGUCCUGGGAGAGGAUCUCACUAAAUUCCGAGACGUGUCCAAAGAUCUCUACCUCUUUCUCCGGAGUUUUGUCUGGGGAGAGAGAGUCGAGAAGCUGGGUCUCGAUGAGGUGUUUAUGGAUGUUACAGACAUGAUUACUUACAAUGCAGCCUUAUUGAACCAUAGUGACCUGGCACACUCUUUUUUUCAGCUCAACCUUCAAGAUCCCACUGUUGGCUUCGCCUUUGAUGCCAGCAGAAUAUAUGGCCCUACCUAUCCCGAUGGAGCUGGGGACAUGACCGAACCUGACGCCUCACAGCCUUACUUGAAACUUCUUAUUGCGUCUCAUCUCGCUGGCUAUCUUCGUAAUCAACUAGAAGAGCAAAGGGGUUACACUGCCACUGCAGGUAUCUCAACGUCCAAACUUCUUGCCAAAGUAGUGGGGACCGUUCAUAAACCGGACAGUCAGACGACGCUACUUCCACCUUACGCUGCGACAAGAGAACAUGGGGAAAGCAACGUGCUCAACUUCCUGGAUUCGCGUGAAAUACGAGCAAUUCCCGGCAUUGGUUCUAAACUAUCUCGUAAAAUCAUGUCUUAUAUUGCAACUACGAACCACGAUGUGGCCGAAGAUAAAGUCACAAUUCGCGACGUUCGCCUCUCUCCCGGCAUGGGGCCUUCUCUCCUAGAAAAGAUCCUAGGCGGGCCUGGGGCUCCUAGAGACAUCGGAAUGAAAGUGUGGGGCCUUCUUCAUGGCGUAGAUAAUACGCAGGUUGGCGAAGCUCGAGAUUUGCCAACCCAGAUCAGCAUCGAGAAUUCAUAUGGCCAUUUGGAUAAUUUCGAGACGGUUCGCAAAGAGAUGGUAUCGCUUGCGACCAGAUUGGUCCGGCGGAUGAGGACCGAUUUGACAGAAAGCUACGAUGACGCUGAAGCUCCGACUGGUAGCGCCUCCCAAAUACCAAGGUCGGAAACGAAAUUUCGAUGGCUUGCUCGUCCGCGAACCCUCCGUUUGUCUACCCUACCACGGCCAGCGCCAGGCACAAACCAUGCGCAGAUGCGCGGCUACAGUCGCAUAUCGAACUCCGCGCCGCUCCCCCAGUAUGUAUUCAAUCUCGACGAAUCCGUAGACGCUUUGGGAGAACGACUCGUUCGAGAAUCAGCAACAUCUAUGUUCCGUAAACUCCACCGAGAGAGGUCUGUUUGGAACCUGCGUGUUUUAAAUCUCGCAGUGACGAACAUGGUCGAAGUGGCGGGCGAUAGGAAACAUAAUAGCGGCCGAGAUAUUGGUAAGAUGUUUCUACAGCGGGAGACACAGCACGGGCACAUUCCCCCGGAAACAGACGAGAAUUUGACCAUAGCGCCCGCGGCAUCAUGGGAGGACAGUGACGAGGAAGACACAGACAUGCCCUGUAUACCGUGUCCAAUUUGUGGAGCCAGGAUACCCCAUUUUGCACUUGUUGCGCACGAAUUAUACCACUCGAGUUGUGAAUAA